GCACCCGCGGCGCUGAAAUAGCCGUGUACUGCACUGCAUAGCAUAGUGCAGCAAAGCACGGGACUUUCCGACAGCGUAGAAUAACACAGCAAACGGAACAACACCACAGCGUUCAAAAUAUUUAUCUUGACUUAUCAGAAUAUUUAUUUAGACUGGAGGAAUCCGAUGAGCUAUGAACUCUUUAUCACAGAUGUCCAGAGUAGCGACAAAUGUAUGAAUAUAAAGCAUAUAAGUAAAAAUUGCAUAAUUACAUGAAUUACUGUAGAUUUUUUAACACUCAAUGCACUUUAGGGCAAGGCAGCAAAACAACAACAAAAACGAUCCAAGACCGCACCAAAACAACACACAGUCUAAAUUUUGAUUUAAAACUUUCGUGACUGCAGUAAUUCAUAUUCUUAGCUCUUUCGGUAAAGUCACGUUGAAGGGAAACAAUAAAUAAUAAAAUAUAUAUAAAACAAUAAAAGUUAUCACGACGUUUUGACCAUAACACAUUAAAAUGGAAAUAUCGAUACACGGGUGUUUUAUAAUAUAGCACAGUAAAACACUGGGGUGUACGACGCAGCACUUUUUAAUUUACCUGAUCGCGAUCCUGAACCAGUUGUAGAAACUGCACAUUCCAGUGCCGUAGGUCAAUGGUUGCGUAGUACGAUUACUGUCGCUGUUGCGUUGUUGGGCCUGUACGGCCUGUGUGAUUAUUGUUAUUGCUGAGAUGUGCAUAGUGCCCUGGCCUGACCGGUAUGUGUUGUGCUGUUGCUGUCACAGAUAAGUCCUCCCAAACCAUAUGCUCAUGAAGAUCGCAGAGGAGAUGCCUCGGGAGCUGCAGGGCGUGCUCGCGUGCUGCAAUCCGGUGCCGCCCCUCUUGAGGCAGAACACCAAUGAGCUGUGGCAGCUCGUCAAGCAGGCACGCCUCGUCCCGCUCAUCAAGAGCGAAACGCCCAUCAAGGCUCCAUCGAGAACAUUCAUCACCCGGGCAGAGCGAUUGGAAAACCCUCUCUUCUGUGCUCACGAUGGCUUAUCAUUGGACGACAGGCAGCCAAUCACAAGGCACGGUACUGAAGUGGAGGGAGCACGGAGGGCGGUGCCUGCCACGCGCCCGGUCCUCACCCUGUUCGACGACAGCGAAGAGCAGCAGAACGAGGCUCGCACUGCUCAGAGCUCCACGUCCCAGAUGAAGGCAGCGCGUGUCCUGCAGACGUUCGUCAACCGCUUUGGCAUGCAUCACUCAUACCGUUCCUUCCUGGGCAUCACCUGCCUCAUGCAAAUCUCGAUGCGCGAAGAGGACUUCAUUAUCGACACACUGAUGCUGCGCGACGACCUGCACAUCCUCAACGAGGCCUUCACCAACCCCAACAUUGUCAAGGUUUUCCACGGAGCGGACUCGGACAUUGAGUGGCUGCAACGUGACCUGGGCCUGUACGUGGUGGGCCUGUUCGACACGCACCCAGCGGCGCGCUCCCUCGGCCUCGCCAGAAACUCGCUCGCCCACCUCCUCAUGCACUACUGCAGCCUGUCUACCGACAAGCAGUACCAGCUGGCUGACUGGCGCAUCCGGCCUCUCCUGCCAGACAUGCUGCACUAUGCGCGUGCCGACACGCACUACCUGCUGUACGUGUACGACCGCGUCCGCGCCGACCUGCUCACCAAGGCGCUGGGCCGACCCAACCUCCUGCAGCUUGUGUGGGACCAGAGCCGAACUGUGGCACUCAAGCGCUACCACAAGCCGGUGUUCACCGAGGACUCCUACCUGAAGCUGCUGCACAAGCACAAGCAGCCACUGGAUGUGCAGCAGAGCAGCGCCGCCCGGCUCCUGUACGCCUGGCGCGACCGCACGGCACGCGCCGAGGACGAGAGCACGGGAUACGUCCUCCCAAACCACAUGCUCAUGAAGAUCGCAGAGGAGAUGCCUCGGGAGCUGCAGGGCGUGCUCGCGUGCUGCAAUCCGGUGCCGCCCCUCGUGAGGCAGAACGCCAAUGAGCUAUGGCAGCUCGUCAAGCAGGCACGCCUCGUCCCGCUCAUAAAGAGCGAAACGCCCAUCAAGGCUCCAUCGAGAAUAUUCAUCACCCGGACAGAGCGAUUGGAAAAUCCUCUCUUCUGUCCUCACGAUGGCUUAUCAUUGGACGACAGGCAGCCAAUCACAAGGCACGGUACUGAAGUGGAGGGAGCACGGAGGGCGGUGCCUGCCACGCGCCCGGUCCUCACCCUGAUUGACGACAGCGAAGAGCAGCAGAACGAGGCUCGCACUGCUCAGAGCUCCACGUCCCAGAUGAAGGCAGCGCGUGUCCUGCAGACGUUCGUCAACCCCUUUGGCAUGUAUCUACCAUCCAGUGACGGGAAAUCUCUGCCAUUUCAAGAAAAGAAAUUGGAUCCCAACUCAAAAGUGUUUGAGAUCUGUAGUCGCUGGAAACUGAUGAAAGCGCCAGAGAAACCAAAGAAGAGCUCUGCACAGCCUGCAAAAGCCAAACACGCGGAGAAGAAGAUGAAGGUGGAGCGCCCUCAAGAGGAGCCGGUCGCCGUACCGACUGUGCGAGAGCAGAAACAGGGUGCCACACGUAGAGAGGCACCGGGGGCAGCCGAGGUCACGGAGGUCGGAGGGAAAAGGCAGCGCGCGGACUCGGCCUCAUUGCCAGCGCCACCACUCGUGCCAGAUGACUUCACCCCCCAUGAGUACACGGAGGCCGACGCUCACAUCUUCACAGCCGGGUGCUCUCGAGGAAGAGAUCAGAACAGACACACGACUCGGCAGGACAAGCAUAAGUUGUGCGGGCGGGGGCAAGGUGGUCGUACAGUCUUCAGAGGAUCGGCACGGGGCAUGACGUACAUGCAGGGACACAGUGGCCGGUUGGAGAUCCCUCUCCCAUCACCUACGUCGCCCUACGUGCAUUCACGUGUCUUUUGUGUCCGCGUCGGACCUUGCAUAUCUAAAUGUUUACCCCACGUGUCCUUGUGUGUCCCUGUGGGUCGCCGCAUGUCUAAAUGUGUACGCACAUGUCUCUGUAAUGUCCCACCUUCUCUCGGUUAGUUCCCCGCAUGUCCCCAUGUCCCUCCGUGUCACUACGCAUGCUGCGUCUUCCUUUAGAUCAUAGAUCACGGUUCCGUGCAUUUUCACGUGUGUUCCUGUGUAUACGUAUGCCUUUGUGUCUGCACAUGCAUCUGCUUGCCUUUGUGUGUCUCAGUGUCAACGGUGUCAACAGUGUUGCUUUGUGUCAGUGGUACUUCGUGUCUGCUUGUGUCUUCACGUGCCCCCCUGUAGCAUUGUUACCAUGCGUGUCGGUGUGUCACCGAUGCGUUAUAGCACAUGUCAUCACACAGGGUUCUCCCACUGGCACAUCUGGCCCGUGAAGGCUUUUGUAGUGGCCUGCCGAGGUAUAAAUACAGGUUUCCCUCACUUUAUGCGGUGGAUACGUUCCAAAAAAAAGGGCACACAAAGUAAAACCGCACAAGACAGCGUCCUGCCGAGUAGUAUAUACGUACACAUGCAAUGUUGUGUCACAUCUGACCGCAAAGUGGCAUAUAGAGUGAGUUCAAAAGACAUGUAGCGAAUUUUGUGGAGAAAUAGGUAAGUCGCAUAUACGUGAAAUCGCACAAACCAAACCUGAAUCAACUGUGGAAACCUGUAGAUACAGGUUAGUGAGAUGAAAAGUGAUAUACAAGAGAUAGGGAUGAGAGUUGGAGACAAACUAUGGUGAUUAGCUGUCACAUAGCUGACAUUAUGACGUAAAUAAGUCAUGUGACGUAACAUGUACGCGUGGCACGUGAUAUUACAUCGCUAACUUUUUGUAGCCCGCCAGAUAAUAUUUCUGAAGAACCAUUCGUUUUCAUGUGCCUCUGUGCCAAGCACAUGUCUGCAUAUCUCCAUGUGGGUGAUUUUGUGUUCCAUAAUCUCAAAAUGCACCUAACCUGGCACAGCUGCUACGGUCACAUCACUCAAUGGCGGCUGUUCUCUUAAUUUAUUCACUGGUCACUAUCUGUGUCCUCAAAUCCUGAUGCUUGCAUUUCCAUGUGUGUGUGUCCCUCCACAUCUUAAAAAUAAUAUUCUGCAUGUAUUUAGCAUCUUGCAUGAAAAUUCCAUCUAUAAACGUGGUAGAAUUUGUAACACAUGCAGUUUUCGCGUGGAGGCAUGAUAAUACACAGACAAGCGGGGUAAAUAGCCAGAACCAGUGCCAACAAUUGCUCAAGCUCUGUGGUCCUAUAUUGAGCGGCCGGUAUGUGGGUCGGGAGUGUUCCACUUUUCAUCCCAGUGCGACCCGCGGUUGCUCACUUCUCCGUGAUGCAGGGGAGGCUUCCGGCAGGCGUGGCCGAAAAAAUGAAGAUGUGAAGAGAGGCGGUGAGAGUCCUGGAGGGGAGUGAACUGGCAUUGGUGCAGGGCGGACAACAAACGUCUCCCAUUGAUACGAGGCGACAUCAACAACAAACGCAAUUAACAGCAACAUCCAGGAUCAACUGGCGAAUUCGAACAACACGCAGUUAACAGCAACACCGAGUCAACUGGAGUAUCUAACAAUACAUGGGAGUUGAUAGCGACAUCUGUUCGGCCAGUAAAUUCUAACAACACAGUUCACAGCAACUCCUAAAGUCUACCAGAGUACAAAUAAGACGCGUAGUUUAUACCAACUGCUCGAGUCACACAGGGUCUCCUGUAACUGCGACGUUAACAACACACGGAUACAAGUACCCUGUGUGGCCAGUAACACCCAGACUCAACGGCAACACCCCAAAACACACCCAGUGUCACCAACAUCAUCUCACAUUAUCAUUAACAGCUGAUAAUACCAGCUACAGCUAGCUACAUUGAGCAUCACCAGCAAAAUGAGUGAUAAACCAGCUUUAAUACUUUCCAUCAAAUAAUGAGAAACUCAUGUCCUGCGCGUGUAAAUAAUAAGUUUUCACACGUGCAAUGCCCAUGCACUCUAACAGAAUCACAUGAACAUAGAUGUUAGCACUCACAUGUGCACACAUAAGCGCAAGCUUUUUUGAUAACCCUGCACCCCCUGCAUUACCAGUUUAAUGACUUGUUCCCACAUGGUUGUUGUGGUGCUGACAAGUAGACCGCAAAGAAAUGAUGUAAAAAUAAAUUUGGUUUCACGUUUUUAAGCCUUCUCUCCUGCAGGAGGGACUUUGUCAAACGUGUCUUUUGUCGCUGUGUGUGUAGGUGUUUAAGGUGGGGAGUGGUAAUGAAUGUUGAACUUUUUUCUUCAUGCUUUUGGAGUCCCUGACUGCUCACAAUCAUUAUGCUGAUGAUCUAGUGAUUGCUGUUCACUUAGAAGAAGUUGGAAG